CUAAAAGAAGAGGCGCGGGCAUGCACGCAGCAAUCAUCGGGAUUGGGACCAGCUACACUUACUUUCCCCUAGUCGCCGCAUACCAUGUGAGAGUCUUGAUGGUUCUUCCACGUUAUUUUUGAACCUUUGUAUCUAAAGCAAUUUGAUCUUCCCCCAGCAUGAUUACCUACAACGAUCAACUUGCCCUGGCCUAGCACAUCUUCUAAUCUGUCCCCGCGUUCUCUGUCAAUGGGUCCUCUCGCGGUGCUCACCAUGGCUGGGACUUCCAUGCCAACCGACACUACAGCCCAACGGCCAUUGCACCCUUUCUUCACACAGAGUCGCUCGACCGUGCCCAUGGCAGACAAUCAAGCUCUGAAUGAUUCGAGCGCACCAGCCGAACCCGACAAUCCCUCCACGGCGCCCGAUGCCACCGGGAGUGAAAGGUCUGAAGAGGAUGUCCCAGAACCGGCCACAACGCGUGGUAGACGGCGAAAAGCAGAUAAGGAGCUCAGAGAAGAGACACAAAAGAAGGCACGGCCAAGAAAACGAGCGAGGAAUUUGCCUGCUGGAUCAAUUGAGGGUCAUUUUCUGAAGCUGGGAAAGGGUAGUGGAAGUGCUGCGGAUAAACCGAAUAGCACGGAGGGCUCGGCGGACAUCGAUGUUUCAGCACCAAAGGAAGCGGUCGCUGUGAACUUCCCGAACGCUGCGAAGGGAGUGAAUCACGGCGGUCUUGAUUUAGCCACUGGUGACACUGGAGUUGAACACUCGGCACACAAUGAUCUUCACGAGACCAAAAACCACGGCUGUGUUCCCGAGUCCACCACUACAGCAUCCACAGAAGCGGUGGCUGGUACAGCAAAACCGAAAAAGUUGUUACAAUUCAAUCCAAAAACCGGGACGAUCGGAUCACCUCCAAAGCCGAAAUUGUCUAAAACCGCCACGGAUGAGGCGCACGAUGUCGAGAAAAAACCACCCGCAAAGCGUGGCAGAAAGCCAACGUCCAAAAUCGUGCAGAUCACAUACGGGCCCGAUCCUAACGCUCGUGUCAGACUGGGGGAGUUGAUCGACGCGAUUCUCAGCGGCCAGGCCCGGCAUUCCGUCGCUAACUCAAAGCAAAUACGACCAACUAGCAGCCGAGAACAAUCCCUUGAUCCCCUCAAAUCCUCAGCACCAAGAGCAGCGAAAACCACACAUCCGUUCUUCUUGGGCCAAACCAAGAAAUCCGAACUGACUGCGGAAGACCCCAAGCCUAAGAAGUCUGCCUCGUCUCCGCCUAGCAGUAGAACGAAGCAGUACAGCUCUACGCCCUGUUCACCCCGAAAGUCUCGAAUUGAAUCAGCUGCAAAGGUGCCAAUGCCCCAGUUUGGCGUGAAGAACUUGGGCCUGAAGUUCCCAGGAGCCAAACUGCCUCCAUGGCCAUGGCAUGAUGUGGCACACACGCGAGGAGACGGGCACAUCGCAUUGCUAGCAGACACUGAUACCACCUCACUCCCUCUUGCUUCUCGGAAGUCCAAGGGAAAUGCGGUCAAAGUCCCACCGAAUGAGUCCGUCGUCAGUCUUGCCACCAAGUCGGCGGAAUUCCCAGCCAUGGUAAAGGCCGUUCAAAACAUCAACACCGAGGAGAUCAUCCCUCCGCCUCCUGAGCUUCGCCUUCCACAAAAGCACUUCGAAAGUGGAAGCAAACUGCAGGCGAGGAUCCUUCCCGAGCUGAAGACCUUUCAGCCCACUCCUUUGUCAAAAAGGGCCAAUCCACUCGAAAAGGAUGUUCAGGGUGGUGAGCGUGGCGUGCGAGCGCCCUCCCAACUCGCGCGCCUUUUCGGUUCCAUUGCUUCCUCGCUAUCGGCCUUCGACACGGCCCAGUGCGAGACCAGCAACUGGGUCCAGAAAUAUGCACCGGCAAGCGCCAUUGAAGUUCUUCAGCCUGGACAAGAAGCAUUUAUGCUGCGAGAUUGGCUUCGGGCGUUGAUGGUACAGUCUGUAGAUACGGGUUCCACAGAGUCCGAAAAGCCAAAAGCCGGGUCAAAGGCAAAGGGAGCAGGUGCUGGUAAGAAGAAGCGAAGAAAAAAGCUCGACGGCUUUAUCGUCUCUAGUGAAGACGAGGAGGACGAGUUGUACGAACUGUCGGACGAGGAUGACAACUGGGCUCCUAGUGGGUGGCGAGGCAUCCUCCGCAAGACAGUGGUCCAGUCUGGUAGUCUAUCCAGGGGCAGAGACGCCGAUAAAUCUGCAAAUACGCUCGUUAUCAGCGGCCCGCACGGAUGUGGCAAGACCGCUGCAGUGUAUGCCGUGGCCAAAGAGCUGGACUUUGAGGUCUUCGAGAUCAAUCCGAGCAGUCGCAGGAGCGGCAAAGACGUGCUAGAGAAGAUUGGCGACAUGACCAGGAAUCACCACGUCCAGCAGCACCAGUCAGCCAGCCCGCCAGACGACCAGGAUACUGCGGCAGAGGACGAUACCACCAAGGACAUCAAGUCAGGCAAGCAGCCAACCAUGAGUGCCUUCUUCAAGCCCAAGUCGGGCAAGCCCAAACCGAAGCAAUUGACAAAGACUUCAGCAAAGGCUCAACCAAGCAGCGAGGUGAAGAAGGAAGCAGCUAAGACGCAGCGGCAGUCCUUGAUCCUUCUGGAGGAGGUUGAUAUUCUCUACGAGGAGGACAAACAAUUCUGGAGCACGGUCCUCGGUCUCAUCUCACAGUCAAAGCGGCCAUUCAUCAUGACUUGCAACGACGAGACGCUUGUUCCUCUGAACACACUGAGACUCCACGGCAUCUUUCGACUCAGUCCUCCGCCAACGGACCUUGCCGUUGACCGCUUGAUCCUCAUCGCAGCAAACGAAGGCCAUGCGCUCACACGGGACUCGGUGGAGCAGCUUUACGAAUCUCGUAACCGUGACUUGCGGGCUGCGACCAUGGACCUGCAAUACUGGUGCCAGAUCGGAGUAGGCGACCGCAGGGGCGGCUUUGACUGGUUCUAUCCGCGCUGGCCAAAGGGCGUUGACUUGGACGAGAACAACGAGGUCGUAAGGGUCAUCAGCCAAGACACAUAUCAGCCAGGCAUGAACCUCUUGGGACGGGACCGGCUUUCGGAUCCCCAGCUCUCCCCCCGGCUUGUGGAAGAGGAAGUUCUCCAUCAAGCCUGGGAGUCAUGGGGUCUAGAUAUCGGACACUGGCAGGACUCAACGGGACUUGACUCCUGGGCUGAACAUAUUAGACCCGAGGUCACCACACCCGCUGAUAGGCUUGGGGUGCUGGAAGCGUAUGAUAGCCUAGCCGAGGCGAUGAGUGCAGCAGAUGUAUGUUCUUCCAAAGCAUUUGCUGCAUUCAAGGAGGAGGCCAUCGACACCACACAGCCCGAGGUGCCGGCUAAGCUACAGGAAGACUUCGUCCUGGGGCUCACGUAUCUUGACACUCCUCCUAUCGUACGCUUCAACUCCUUGACGACUUCGCUUGCUUCUGCUAUCAGGUCUCUUGCAAAGCACUGCUUGCGGUUGCACGUUGAGAACCUUCAGAAACACUCUGGGCCUGCGCUCCGUCCACUAGACGAAGCACAGGCCAUUGAGCACCUCCAGACAAGCUUUACGUCCGCCCUACCGGACGCCUCAGCGAUCAAUCGGAUGGACUUUGCUCUUGCAUUUGACCCGAUCGCUACUCCCGACACUUCCGCGCCACAACCAGUGUCAUUCCUCGAUCCUUCGGUGUUCGAUCGUACACUAAGGCUCAUCGCUCUCGAUGUAGCACCGUACGUUCGCAGUAUCGUCGCCUACGACUCGAAACUCCAGGAACAACGACUCAAGCUAAGCAGCCUAAUGAGCGAGGGCGGCAGGAGAAGCCACGGAGCAAAACGAAUGCGCACAACCAGGUCGGCGCUUUCGGCUCUAGAAGGCGGUUCCCGAACAACCACUAGGGGUGAGAAGUGGUUCAAGGCGAAUAUCAAUCCGUAUUUGGUUGCAAAGACUGCUGGCAAAGGGUGGGACGCUUCUCAGUCCCAGGCGGAGGAGACGAUAGAGAAGUCGCAACGGAACUCUCCAAAAAGCACCCCUACUAGUACCACACCCUCACCCGUUGCAAGUCCCACAAGGACGCCAAGGAAAAAGGCUUUGAAGCGCAAGAAGUUGAAGAAGGUUGCCCAGGACGACGAUGAGGAGACAGACGAGCUCGGCUGCUGAGUUUCCAGAGCUGCUGGAAUGUUUAGCAAAGUCUGCGGGGAUCUGUGUAGAGGCCACUCAAUGUGGCAUAAGGGACCCUCGAUCGCUCGGAAAGGGAUAUAGAUGAUCAUAAUCUAACGGGUGGCAUAGGAAAUAAUGAGCUGAUGGGUCCAGUGCUUCU